AUGGCGUUGGGUGGGCUAGGCAGUGCAUUUGGAUUAACAGCACUAAUUAGACGGAUGGUUAGUCUCCUUUUGCUCAGCAAUUCUGUUCCACUUGUUGCCAUGUAUUUAUUUUCUCGAGAUAUCUUCAUUUUAUCAUAUGACCAACUCUCCAAAUUUUCAUAUGCGGUGUCACCAUUAACCUUUUACAUCACUUGGUGGUUCAUUCAUUUUGUGGAUGACUUCUUUUCUCUAAUCUAUAAUCAUCUUGGAAUCAAUCAUUAUAAGACUUCACAUGCCUUCAAAGAAGUGGCCAUAAUUAGGCAUCCGCGUCUUGGUGAGUAUGCAUUUGGCUUCAUAACUUCAACUGUCAUACUUCACAAGAAUACAGGUGGAGAAGAACUCUGCUGUGUUUAUGUCCCAACUAAUCAUCUCUACCUGGGAGAUAUAUUUCUUGUGAAUUCUAAGGAUAUUAUGAGGCCUAAUCUCUCUGUUCGAGAGGGGAUAGAAAUUGUCAUAUCCGGGGGCAUGGCUGUACCAAAGAUACUAAACAAACAUACAGGAAGUGCAAUCCAUUUUAUCUCCAAGAGUUGGAAAAUUUGCAGUUCCACAAAUUUGAUUACUCAUAAUUUCGACGUCCAUCCCUGA